UCAAGCCGUUUGGGGUGGGAGGAACUGGACAUGGCUAUCUGUGAUUUGGCAUGGUCCGAAACUUAUUUUUCAUUCAUGUUCGAGCGGGGACGUAGUGUAGUGUCUCUCAAAUUUAAUCAUUGUUUUUUAUCGAGUGUAGUAUUUUUAAAAAACUGUUCGAGUGCAUGUGAAAUGAUAGAUAAAGACAUGAAUUCGGCUUGCAUGAGGGGUGGCUCAGUCCGGACUUUAAACAAUUACCAACAAGUGAUGGAACCGCGGUCCCCCCACACCGCCUGGCAAUUCGGCGUUUCCCAGAUCGUGAAACGCGAACCAAUGGACGAAGAUAAGAACGAUUCCGGGGUUACCUCCGGAAGCGACUUCCAUUCAUCCUCCCCCAGCAGUGAUACGAGCCAGGAUUUACAGCACUCUUAUCAAUCGCCGCAAACGCAACCGGCCCGCUUCUACUCCACUCCCAUCGUGCCCCACUUCGCCUACAACCACAACCCCCUAACACCCCCCAACUCCGAGCCACUGGUCUCCCCCAAGAGCGAGAAGGAGGAGAAGGACAUGGAGACGACCCUCACGCCUUGCGCGUCCCCGAACCGCAAGCCGGACGACAAUCAGGACCACCUCCGCCGCCUGGAGAUGUCCCUGGAGAAGAGCGGCCUGUUCUCGUCCAAAACGAGCGAACACUCCGUGGAUGAGUUGUCGGGGAAGAGCGACAACGACGCCGAGGAGUACGACGAGCAGAGCUUGCGCGUCCCGAAAGUCAACUCGCACGGGAAAAUCAAAACUUUCAAAUGCAAACAGUGCGAUUUUGUCGCAAUCACCAAACUCGAACAGUGGAACCACAGCAAGGUGCACAUCCGGGAGGACAAGCGGCUGACCUGCCCCAAGUGCCCGUUCAUCACCGAGUACAAGCACCACCUGGAGUACCACCUCCGCAACCACGCCGGGUCCAAACCGUUCCAAUGCAACAAAUGCGACUACACUUGUGUGAACAAGUCCAUGCUAAACUCACACAUGAAGUCGCACUCGAACGUCUACCGUUAUAGUUGCCGGGAUUGCAGCUACGCUACCAAAUAUUGCCACUCUUUGAAGAUCCACCUGAGGCGGUAUGGACACACCCCGAACGUGGUUUUGGACGAGGAAGGAAACCCGUGUCCGGACAUCAUCAUCGACGUGCAUGGGACGCGUCGGGGUCCCAAAAUUAAGACACAACCUAAAGCCGAAGAGGCGAAACCGGAAACGCUCCCGUUCCUUAACCUGCAACAACAACUACCUUUCCCUGGUUAUCCCUUCUUUGGGGGGUUCCCCAACGCCCAGUUGUUGCAACAACUGAUCCGCGAGCGUCAGUUGGCGGCCGGGGGUUCACAGGAAGAGUCCAGGGUUCUGGAUUUGAGCAAACCUGGGUGUAGUUACACCGGGGAGCAGAAGAGUAGACGCAAAGGGCCGGCGUUUAAGGUCGAUCCGACUCAAGUCGAGUCGGAGGAGGAGGACGAGGAGACGUCCACCACUGUGUUUAGUAACGUGGAGGUCGUCCAAGAGGAGGCGAAGAAGGAGGAGUCUGAUAGUAAUAAUAACAAUAACAAGGAGGAGGGUAACAGUUGCCAAUAUUGUAAUAUCGCGUUCGGGGACGCCGUCCUCUACACCAUCCAUAUGGGCUACCACGGGUUCCACAACCCGUUCACUUGCAACAUGUGCGGGGUGGAAUGCUCCGAUAAAGUAUCGUUCUUUUUGCAUAUUGCACGCGUUUCUCAUUCGUAAAUUAAGACUGAUUAGAGUUAACUAGACUUAGGUUUGUGUUUUUUAUUUAACUAGUCAUACGGGGCCGCGGCCCGAUUUCUCAAUCUAGUUAUUUUACGCUUUUACGUGCAAUUUAUUUUUGUUAACCACAAAUGGAGAUGUACGGGUUGGAACUCCACAGCUGAACCAAAUAUUUUCUUUCGCCGAAUUAGGUCAAUUUUUAAUUUAUUUUUGUCUGUAACGUUUUGUCGUAGUGGUUUUAGUAAAUAGUCGAGUUUUAUUGUCAUAUUUUUAUACUUGUGGGGCCAUGACAUAAGACUGAUGAUUGUAUUUGUAAAUAAGUUUCAAUGUUUUCUAUAGCUCGAGCAACAAUCAAAGAUUAUUGUAACAUAGUUGUGUGUAUUAUACCUACUAUUGUUUAAGCCAAAUAAUAAACAGUAGCAGAGCAA